CUGCUACCUAGGCUUCGAAAGUUUAAAUUGCUGUGAUAUUUUCGAGCCCAUUCUGACUACAUAUGGUUUCUGCUAUGCUCUUCGAGUCGAAAGGACAUCUCUCGGUGAAGUCGAAAUGGAAACGUUGCCUUUUGUUGUUGAUCUAAAUACUGCUUCGAGUACUACUGCCCAUUCCGAAGAGGGCUAUCUGCUGCUGAUACACGAUCCACGUUUUACACCAAGAAUGGUGUUGUCCAAAGAUGGUCUUCUAGUUCCACCAGGAGUAGCCAUGAGUCUUCGUUUGACAUUAAGAAUAACAGACUACAGUGCAAAGUAUUUAAAAUGGUUUGGACUUGUGACGGAUUGCCCCACUGUUGCCUGUAUGGGAGAAGAUUACAGUAUUCAAGAGUGCGUUUUUCAGAUUGCUGCUUCCAAAAUCAACGAAAUAUGUGAAUGCUCUUGGAUUCUCGACGACUGCAACAAUGCAACUGAUCAUCCAGUAUGUGGCGCGAAAGAAAUGAUCGGUUGUGUUGCAACACAUACAUCGAAAUUAUUGGGUGAAUUAUUAAAAAUGUGCCAACCACCUUGUUCAGAAUACAUAUUCGAAUCCACGUCUUCUUAUGCGCAGCUAAGAUACAAUAACAGCUUCAACGAAAGGAGUCGGAUAUCAAUUUCUUAUAACACUAUUAGCUACUACCACAACAUUUACCAUAAGCAUUACCUUUCCUCGCUGUUUAGUGACAUCGGAGGAGCCAUGGGAUUGCUAUUAGGAGCUAGUUGUCUGACAGGAGUUGAACUUUUCAUUUUUCUAGGACAAUGGAUUUAUUUCACCCUUUUGGACAGGAAGGCUAAAGGAAGAACAAAGCCUUCUUAACGAUGAAAAA